AACAUGGUCAUUCAAUAAAUAAUUUAUUCUACAGGAGAUGCGACAUGAGCCAUCAAAUCAAUCUGGUUUAAGAUUUAUUAGUGGCAUUAUCAGUAAAUCCAAACUUCUUAGGUUUGAGCGAAUGUUGUUUCGUGCGACAAGGGGCAACAUGCUUUUCAAUCAGGCACCAGCUGAUGAACCAAUUUUGGAUCCUGUAACAACUGAAAUGGUUGAGAAAAUGGUAUUUGUAGUGUUCUUCUUAGGGGAGCAGGCAAAAACAAAAACAAUGAAAAUUUGUGAAGCAUUUGUGCAAAUUGCUAUCCUAUACCUGAAGAUGUAACGAAACAGAGCAACUAACUCGAGAAGUAUGCUUUUGAAUUUUACUGACUGUAUUUUCAACAUCCUCGCAAGAAAGAUAAUUUGAUGAUAUGUUUAUUCCAUUUUCCCUAUUAUUGCUUAGCGGAUAAUGUAGUGUAGUUUACUUGUGACUAGCAAAAUAUCGCGUGUGUUCUUUACAAGAAAGUUAAUAAAAAAUAAAAUAAAAAAUAGAACUUUUUUUG